GUAACUCCAGCGUAAAACCGGAAGCGCUAAUCUCAAGGGAUUUUCUCCGCUCGUCCACAGCGUCCCAAGAUAAAUCCUCAGACCUUGUGGUGUGUGUGAGUGUGCUCGUUAAGGCGAGACAUUAAAAACAACUCUCCAGCUCCAAUUGCAGCGGGGCAGAGGAUCUGCGCUGUGUUUGCACCAGAAUGCCUGCGGGUGUGUGUGGAUGCUGUGGACGGUGCCGUCCCCGCUACAAACGCUUGGUGGAUAACAUUUUCCCCGAGGACCCAAAGGAUGGCUUGGUGAAGUCAGACAUGGAGAAGCUGACAUUCUUUGCUGUGUCAGCUCCAGAGAAGCUUGACCGUAUAGGAGAGUAUCUCGCAGAGCGCCUUAGCAGGGACGUGGUCCGACACCGCUAUGGGUAUGUGGUGAUUGCAAUGGAAGCACUGGAUCAGUUGCUGAUGGCAUGUCACUCUCAGAGCAUUAAACCCUUUGUGGAGAGUUUUUUGCACAUGGUGGCAAAGCUCCUGGAAUCCAAGGAACCAGACCUGCAAGUGUUGGGGACCAACUCUUUUGUGAAAUUUGCGAACAUCGAGGAGGACACACCUUCCUAUCAUCGACGUUAUGACUUCUUUGUGUCCCAAUUCAGCGCCAUGUGCCACUCCACACAUGAGGACUCGGAGACUCGUACCAGGAUCCGUGUAGCUGGUAUCAGAGGGCUGCAGGGUGUCGUAAGGAAGACAGUGAAUGAUGAAUUGCAGGCCAUCAUCUGGGAGCCUCAGCACAUGGACAAACUUAUUCCAUCCAUGCUUUUUAACAUGCAGGACAAUGAUGAUUUGGAUAGGGGUGGAGGAGAGGAGAACCCUGCGUCCCUGGCUGAGAGCUGCUUUCGGGAGUUGCUUGGUCGUGCUGCAUAUGGAAACAUGAACAACGCUGUUCGGCCCGUGCUAGUACAUUUAGAUAAUCAUCAUUUGUGGGAUCCAAAUGAGUUUGCCGUAUCCUGCUUCAGAAUCAUAAUGUACUCUAUACAGGCUCAGCAUUCUCAUCAUGUGAUCCAGCAGGUUCUGAACCACCUGGACAUGCAUAGUAAGAAUACGCCAAGGGUACGAGCAGGUAUCGUGCAGGUACUACUGGAGACUGUCGCCAUAGCGGCCAAGGGCUCAGUUGGCCCGACAGUGUUAGAGGUUUUUAACACCUUGCUCAAGCACCUCCGUAUGAGCGUCGAUUUCGAGCUGGGUGACAGUUCUCGCAGGAACUCUGGAACAAGUGUCUCUUCCAGUCGCGGCAAAGAGAACGAGGAGCGUAUCGUCCAGAAUGCCAUUAUUCAAACUAUUGGGUUCUUUGGAGGCAAUCUACCAGAUUAUCAGCGUGCUGAAGUUAUGAUGUUUAUUAUGGGGAAGGUUCCAGUAUAUGGGACACCUUGUCAUUCUCUGGACACUGUAAAAAUUGGGCCCCAGGGUACUAAGAGGAUUCAGACGAUGCUUCUCAGUUCUCUUAUUAUGGUGACGUCUGGUUUUAAGUGUAAAACGAUGAGUGCGGGUUUGCCGCCUACUUUCCUGGAGCCCCUCUGCUCCAUCUCUCUGAUGGAAGACAGUGAGCUGCGGCAGCUGGUCCUUGAGAUCCUACACAACAUCAUCGAUCGCCAUGACAACAGGGCCAAACUCCGUGGCAUCCGAAUAAUUCCCAAUGUUGCAGCUCUGAAAAUAAAGCGGGAGAAGAUCUCCAAACAAGAUGUAAUGUUUAUGAAAAAGCAUGGACAGCAGUUGUAUAGGCAUAUCUAUCUGGGCUGUAAGGAGGAGGACAACAUGCAGAAGAAUUUUGAGCUUCUCUUCACUGCACUUGCUCUGCUCACUAUAGAGCUAGCUAAUGAGGAUGUGAUCAUAGACCUUAUACGCCUCUCCCUCGCUCUGCAGGAUUUGGCUCUAGAUAAUGAGGAGAGCAUGCCUAUGUUUAUUCGCUGUGGUAUUAUGGCACUGAUUGCAGCCUACCUAAACUUCCUCAGCCAAAUGAUUGCAAACCCUGCCUUCUGCCAGCAUGUCAGCAAGGUGAUUGAGUUGAGAAAUAUGGAUGCUCCCUACUUGCUACCUGAACAUGUGUUUCGAGAGAAAUGUGUGCUACCUGCGGCUCUGGACCCUGAGGAUAGUGGCAUAUAUUUUCAGACAGCUGACCUCGCUGAUGCCCUUUCUGGACCAGGAUACAAUGCAGAAAGACUUUCCGUGCCAUACAUACCACAAGUUACAGAUGAAGACCGAUUGACUCGGAGAAAGAGUUUUGUGGACACUAUCUCUCUCCAGGUGGACAUCCUGUCCAACAGCCUUCCUGACCAGUCACAGUUAGCUGAGGAGAUUACCUACGAGACACUGAAGAAGGCAAUUGACACCACCGGUCUGGAGGAGCAGGAGAGAGAAAAGAGGCGUCAGGUGAUGGAGAAGUUCCAGAAAGCUCCAUUUGAGGAGAUUGCAGCCCACUGCGAGUCAAAGGCCAACAUGCUGCAUGAUCGUUUGGCUCAGAUCUUUGAAUUGACCAUACGCCCACCCCCGAGCCCCUCCGGGACAGUGACGGUGACUUCUGGCCACGCCCAGUACCAGUCUGUGCCCGUCUAUGAGAUGAAGUUUCCUGACCUCUGUGUCUACUAAGCCUGAAACUUACCUGUAUUAUAGUUUCUCACCUUUGACAUUUACAAAGCCACUCUUUAUUUUAGUUUCAUAGUUACAUCCAUGCACCUUUACAUGCUAAGCAUUCACCUUCAAGCAGACCAUCACUGUAAGAUUUAACCUGUCCCUCAAAAUUUUUUUUAAUCUAAUUCCAAGCACUAGUGUCACUUUGUUCUAACCAAACCUAAAUUCAGACCAAGAAAUCUGAUCUCAGCACUGCAGAUAUCUGCAUCCUGUAAUGCAAUAACCUGUUGUCCCAGUUACUUUCAGCAGCUAAUCUUUAUCAUUAUACACUAAUUUUAUAGAGUAUGAUGCUGUGUGUGUGUGUGUGUGUUCUGUGGUGUGUGUGUGUGUGUGUGUGUGUGUGUGUGUGUGUGUGUGUUCUGUGGUGUGUGUGUGUGUGAGAGAGAGAGAGAGCAUUAGCUGCAUUGGUCCAGAUCCAUUUGUCUAUCUGAAUCGCAGACUUGAAAAAAAAAAAAUGUUUACAUGACUUAUUUUUCUUAAAUGUGCUUGUGAGACUUGGUACUCCUGUACGGCACGAUGUUAGCAUGCAGGAAUCUCCUCUCUUUGAAUGUAUAACUGUUUGAGCCUCAGUAGAACAUGACUCUCGGGGGUAAAUGUUCAGCACAAUUCCUGUUCUUACCGCAAGUUGCUUUGACCACCUCCGAUUCAUCUGUGUGUGUAUAUGAACUGAUAUUAUGGAGUGAAAAACUUUGCGCAUUUGUUCAUUUGCCCAAAUUCGUUAAACUAUUGAGCCAACUCUUCAUUUCCACUUGAUAAGAGCUAUGAAACAUAGCCUGGGUAAAUGUUUGAAAUGUUCUGAAACAUAUCCAUCAAUAUUAUUUUAUAGGUACUGUACAUUGUAUAUUUUUUCCGUAGUGAAAGGGGAUUAGUAGCUUUUUUUUGGGUGAAGGUGCCCUUAAGAGUACAAACUAUAACAAUUACAAAUCCUCAAACACACACACGCACUAUCACUCGGACUUGCUAUUUAGAGCUUCUCAUCAAAUUCAGAGUUUGUGUAGAAUCAUUCCGAUGCAUUUGAACCAUCAAUUUAUUUGCACAUUUUUGCAGAUUGUAGAAAAAAAUGCUAAAAGCUUUUAGCUUUAAACUUUUAGAACAUUACACUCUUCUAUAUUCUUAUAGAAAUUCUUACACAUAUAAACAUUAGGAUAAAAAGUUCAAAGUACAAAACAAGCUACGUAUUCCUCUAGCUAAGCAAAUAAAUAAGAAUAGAAUGUUAAAGCUUCAGAUGUGACUGUUAAAAGCUUAAGUACUAUGCUGAAAUCUUAUGCUGUAAAGAUGUACGUAUGCCUCAACGGCUUUAAUCCACUGCUGUUAUUGCGCCUUUUUUUUAAGCUUUAAACCGAAUUUGUGGAGUCAGCAUUUAAUGCUUUCAGUGGUGUCCGAGUACUCUAAUAGAGAUCGUCUUAAAUCUUACUGUUUUGUUUAAUGAAUUUGCAAACGAGCCAUCUGUGUAAAUGAGCAGUGUUAUGAAAGCUGUUCUCAUACAAACUAAACUGUAAAUUAGCCAGGAAAGCUGUUGGCUGAAUGCAGAAGGAUUCAGGAUGGAUUUAGCAGUCGAACAUCAAAGUAUGUUCAGGAAGUGAUCACACAUUUUACCAUAUUCUAAUGAAUUAUGUUUGAAACAAUCGACAUUGUGAUCUUGCCCAUGAUUGGACAGAUUGAGGAAAAGAAUAGCCGAGUGAAAAAAAAAUCAGCAUGAAAAAUAAUUUAACUUUAUGACUGUAAGUUCACCAUUGGUUUGUUUGUGUGGUGUUUACAUGAAAGUGUGUUGCGUAGGAUUAUGGACAAGAUUUUUUUUAUAGUAAAUGGAGUCUUACUGUGACAUGAAUUGGAAUCAGUCCAAUUUUUGUUAAUGUCUUCAGGUAAAAUGUUCUGUGAGUCCCAUAUUCACACUUUUUUUUUUAAAUUAAACUUAAAUCUUUUAUACCAUAGUGCUGUUAAAUUCUCAAAUCUAGUUUUUCAUGAGGUGCUGAUGAAUGGGGGUAUAUUCAUGUUCUUAUUCUCUUAAGUUAUGCCUUCUAGAAAUAGCUCAGAGGACUUAAAUCAUCAAAGCCUAAUCUUGAUUUAGCCGUCUCCAGUGUAGUGACAAAUAUGUUCUCCUCCAUAAUAGAGUCUUAAGGAGUAAUUUAUACUUGUACAGGGAAGUUUAUACUUUCUUGUUAACAUAACAAGGGGUUUUCCUUAUUUUUGUCUCAUUUAGCAUUUUAAAGGUAAAACACUGAACUUUUCAUGGACAUUCAAUAAUAAUGAAUGAAUCAUAAUCUAACUAAUGGACUAGAAACUAAACUAGUUUAAUUUUAUAGGAGUUAAAACACUCAGGUCUUGAAGUUAUUGUUAAAAAGUAUAUUCUUUCAGUUUGUAUGAUUGUAUUUUGUAUAUAGUAAACAUUCACAAAUAUGUUCACAAAUAAAACUUUUGUGAAGUAUUAAGAACUAGAACACGAUAUUUAUAUUUCUAGAGUUUAUAUUUACAUGCACUGGUUUAGAUUUUGCAGAAUGGGACUGUGUGUAAUGCAUUUAUUCUUGCACAUUUUUAUAAAAAUCCUUCCUUCAGUAUAUUUGUAUAAGGCAGGGUUCAAAUUAUGAAUUAGGGAUUAUGGAUGGUGCAGAAUAAGAGAACACAUUUGGCAGGGUAAAAACACCCUUUGUUUCUCCAGAAAUAUUCCCCUGCUACACUAAUGCACUUAGACCAAUGUUUUACUAGUCCAACCUCAUACUUAUUACAAGGAGUUAUAUAGAGAACUAAAGGUAGUUUUUACUCUCAUAACUCUGUUUUGUUAUUGUACUUAAUCCAAAGUCUUGGUUUGACUUGAACACCCAUCCUAUUUAAGAAUUUAUUUUAAUAUUUUACUGAAGGUGUGCUAAAAAUAUUUAAAAAUGUAUGUGCACAGAAUUAGUAAUUACUUGAAACCUGCAUCUAGAAUGAUAGUGAUGCAUGAAGAGUGAAUAUGGGCUUCACAGAAAGUGGUGUGGGUUCAUAAUGGUUUAUGAUGGAGUAGUGACUCACUGGCCUUCUGUGUGUUGUGGUUCUGCAGAGCAUUUUUGUUUUCUCCCUUAUUUUAUACACAUUAAAAUAUACACAACACACACACACACACAGUUUACUGUAGUGAUCACAGUUUAAUUUUGUGCCUAUUUAUCAAUCUAUUAAUCAACAACUUGUAUUCCUCUGGAUGAUCUUUUACUUUACUCACCUUAGUGACACAUUAAGGUCACACACUUGAUUACUUGCUAAAUGUCAGGUGUGAAUAUUACAAUAUACUUAAAAAAUACAAGCAAAUUUGUCACAUUGCAAAUAAUAGGUCAGUAAUGAAAAAUGUGACAUUUUAUCUUCCGCUUGAUUUAAGGAGAAGAACAGGAAGAUUUUCAGUAGUGCAGGAGGUUAUAUAUUAUCCUUAUCAUGUACAGUAUGUAUGUACAUUGCUGUGCAAAAGAUUAAAUAAAUAGAUACUGUAUAAUUAAAUAAAUGGGAAUAAAUGUUUUACUGUGAAUGGCCUCUAAGUGAUACAAUAAAGAUACAAAACAGCCAACGUUUAAAUUGUAACACUCUCAGCAGCAACCUCAUUUCCCCUCCUGUCUGUUUCAACCACUCAGCAUCACCAGUUAAUAAUUUAUCCUGACAAUCUGUCAUCUGCUCCUGUUUCUCACUGGUUAAUUUCUUAGCUAAUAAGAAAUUAUCUCUGUACUGAUUUUUUUCCCUCAAAUGCAAACAAGGCAGAACACAAGCUUUAAAAGAAACCUGACAGCACAUAUCAUUUUGAUGUUUUAUUUCCUGCAUUUUUACCUUUCACACUAAAUUUCACUAUUUGACAUUUUCAGUUAGAAUGAUUAGAUAGAAUUGAAAACGCAAAGUAAUAAUCCACAUUAAUGAGAGCCACUAUACACAUGGGAAGGCCAAGUGUGUAAAAUGUGCGGUGUUAUGACUUGAUGCAUGUAGGAAGAUUCAUGAGGUGAAAGUGCAGGAGUGCCUCGAUCUGACUUUCCAGUUGAGUAAAUGAAGUGAUGCAUUGUCCUGGGCAGUCUUUGAAAGCCAACAGUCUUUCUUUGCAGGAAAAGGUGACCAAACAGCAAAUGAGCUUAUGACCGUUAGACAACUAUGACAUUUUUUGGCUAUUAUGCUGCAUUAGUCUUUCAUUCUGCUUAAUGGGCUAAUAGACAGAGACCUUUACUUACAGUAUACCCAGAUGUCUGUAUCCAUAUGUUUUAGUCUAAUGAGCUAUUUUGUAAAAUUAGUGCAAUAUAUUUUGUCUUAUUAGGAAAUGUGUAUUUUUAUGUGCUUUAAUAACAUAGCUGUGUCUGUGGGUGUGUAGAGGUUGACUCACACUUGCAUGCUGGUCUUUUAUAUUGGUAUAAUCAUUAGACAGUUGAGAGAAAGGGUAAAGAAAUCAUAUUCUUAUAAUUGCAGUGGCAAGAACAUUGCUGUUUUCUUGAGCAGUUGAGCCAACAGUGUAUUAUCAUACUUACUUUACUGGUACUUGAAUCGCCGCUUAGAUUUAAAUCGUCGUUUUGAGGCUGUGAUUGUAUGUGCACUUUUAUAUAUCGUUACAUGUAUCAAUGAGGUCUGGACAUCAUUGAACAAUUGGUUGGACAACUCUGUGUUUUUCCUGAUGGGUAAAUCUUAAAUGUUUAUUAUCCCGACCUCUGUGAAUGUGUGUGAAAGAAUGUGUGUGUAUACAUACACGCAAGUGAUGUGAUAAACAAUGCAGCCUUCAAUAUGUACAGUAAAAUCAUAAUCACCAGCUACUGUAUGUUGUAUACAUUUCAGUAUAAAUGUUUAUUCAGUAAUAAUAAUAAAAAAUGCUAUAAACUUUGCCAAAUUUCUGUCUAGCAUUGGUUGGGCAUUGGAUGCUCAACCUUUUUCUUGUGCACAAGAUCAAUAUCAAUAAAGAUUUUAUAUUUAAAGCAA